UCAAACCGAACUGAUAACAGUCGAGAGAUACAGACCGCUGCCAACAUGUGCAAAGGACUAGCUGCCUUGCCUGCUACCUGCCUCAGAAGCGCCAAGGAUAUGAAACAUCGCCUUGGCUUACUGUUGCCGAAGACAGAGGCUUGGACUGAUCACAGCUCUGUGUCCGCCAAGAAGGAUAAGACAAGUACAGCUCACAGGCUCAGCUGGGACGAGGUCAAAGAAUGGAAUGAAUCUUUGCAAAAACUUAUAACUCAUAAACAUGGCCUGGUGGUAUUUGCUGAAUUCCUACGGUCGGAGUACAGCGAGGAGAAUAUCAGGUUCUGGUUGGAGUGCGAGGAAUUCAAAAGCUGCAAGCCAUCUGCAAAGCUGGCCUUGAAGGCAAAGAAGGUUUUCGAUGAAUACAUUGCAGUUGAUGCACCCAAGGAGGUCAAUUUAGAAUCACACAUCAGAGAAAAGACGAAGAAAAGCAUUGUGGACCCAACAUCGUCUUGUUUCAAUGAAGCACAAAGCAAGAUCUAUAUAUUGAUGGAGAAGGAUUCUUACCCCAGGUUUCUGAAGUCUAAAAUCUACUUGGAUUUACUUAGCCAAACUCACGCCAGAGGCCACUCCAAAUCCAAAGACCAAACACGCUUGUCCUGUCACUCGCAGCGCUUACGUGCUUAGGGGUAUCUGGUCUGUCAGUGUGAAGAUGUUUUAUGUUCUAGUCGUGUUUAAAUAUUUCUUAGACAAUGUAAAAUAAAGCCUUCAAUGUUAUUGUUGUUGGUGAAAAUUGAUUGUAAAUCCUUCAGAAUUAAGGUCACUUUUUUAGUACAAUUUUAUCAAGAGUUCAUUUUUUUAAUCUCGUGGUAUUUAUCUCUAUGUUGGAAAUAUCCGUGCCGUUCCAUUUAUUGUUACCUCCACUGAAAUCAGACAGAGAACAGUUCUUCUUGAAUGUGUUUGUAUUCCUAGUAUUUCUCAUUUCUUGUACUUCCUUUCACGUCAGAGGUUCUUCACCCCAUCAGGUCCAUGCUGGCUUCCAGACGUUCCCAAGUCCCAUCCCUCCAUCUAUUCCCCUGCAAGCCAUCCUCUCUCACAAACCCUUCGAUUCUCCUACCCCAUCUACAUUCAUGGUACUUUCCUUUGAUCAAUAAGUCUGCCAACCCGCAUGCCUUUUGGAUGUGGGAGGAAAUCGGAGUAUCUGAGGGAGACCCAAUGAGUCAGAGGGAGAACAUGCAAACUCCACACAGACAGUGUUGAGAAAUCAGGAUUGAAUCAGGAUUCCACUCGGGCCGUGGUAUAACUACUGGAUGAAUAUCACUGUUCCUUCACACACUCUUAGAGUCAAAGAGUGAUACAGAGUUGAAACAGGCCCUCCGGCCCAACUUGCCCACGCCUACCAACAUGUCCCACCUGCCAGCAUUUGGUCCAUAUCCCUCUAAACCUGUCCUAUCCAUGUACCUGUCCAGCUGCUUCUUAAAUGUUGGGAUAGUCCCUGCCUUAACUACUUCCUCUGGCAGCUUGCUCCAUACACCCACCACCCUUUGUGUGAAAAAGUUACUCCUCUGAUUCCAAAUAAAUCUUUUGAUGAAGAUCUCCAAGUAAAUCUCACUUGGUGAAAAUCCUGGAGCAUUCUUGGAUAAUGUGGGAGUGGGCUCGCCAUAUUGUCUGCAAUAUUUCACAAAGAAAAUCCAUUGGCAUCUUCAAAGAUCUUCAUUGCCCCAUCAGCUCCCAGAUAUGAAAUAUAUAAGUCGCAGAACUUAGAGUUUGUCAGCGUAUGGUCAUUCCUGUCUGCCCUCUCAAGAGACACCACACAAAGUUCUUGUGGUAAAUUACAUGCUGUGACUUGUACAGAAAUCACCUUUCCACUAGUAUGGGAUAAUCUAAAUGAAACCAGUAUUCAUUCUUAUCAACGGCGUAUCAGUGUAAGAUUCCCAAACCUGCCGCAUAAUAUUAUUAAACAAAGUAGAAUUCAUGGAGGGAGGGAAUGUUUACGGAAAAAAAUGUCUUGUUUCAUUCUGCGAAUUUGUCAAUGAUAUAAUUGUGUCUGUAGAGGUCGAUUGUUGAGUUUAAUAUUAUCUGAGAAUAAUUUAUUGUACAUCAGGAAUAAUAAGAAAGUUGAAUUAUUUUUCUAUGCAUUACAUUCAGUAUUGCUGCACUCUGUGCGUGGUUGGGUUAAACACAAAGCAGGUCAGGCAGUAUCGGUGGAGGGAAUGGACAGCCGACGUUUCGGACCGAUUGGAGCAGGGGGAAGACCAAGGUGGAAAACAGAGGUGGUUCUUCAGUCCUGACGAAGGGUCAUCCUUCCAUUCUCUCCUCUGAUGCCGAGUUCCUCCAGCACUUUGUGUUUUGCUCACGAUUCCAGCAUCUGCAGUACCUUAGCGUGUUUGAGUUAGUCUGACUGACUGCAUUGGGAUUAACAAUCGUCAGUCAACAAAGCAGCGUAACACCAAGUGUGGCAAGAGUCAGCAUUUCUCCUCUAUUUAUUGCUUCAAUUACAGUGUGUUGUAUUUCCCUUUGUUUUGAAUACUUAAAU